UGUACAAACAAGCUUUAGCAUCUUCACCGCCGCCACCAUCUUCUUUAUUUCCUCGGACGGCGUCACUGUCAGUUCCCGGCAAUGGACACACAACAAGACGAUACUCCCAAACCGAACCAAACCCAACAACCUCUCUCUCUCCACACGCUCUCUUCCAUGAGGUCCCUCCUCAUCAACCCUUCAACCCCGAAGUGCACCGUUUCCUCAAUCCUCGAAACCCUAACUCAUUCCCCCCUCAAUCACCACACUCUCAAGCUCCUAUCCGAAAUCGCCACAGACCACUCUUCUCUCUCCGAACUCGCCCUCCACUCACUCCUCACCGCCACCGAGUCCCCGACCAGCCUCGCCGUCGAGGCCCUUGCUUCUCUUUCGGAAGCAUCGAGGCUCGAACUCGACGACGCGCUCUUCGUGUCGCUGUGUUUUGGAGCCUCCGUGCCCGCUAGGGUUUGGAUGCUGAGGAAUGCGGGUUCGCGGUUCCGGAUCCGACCCUCUUUGUUGCUGGCGGUGUUGUUGGGGCUGACGAAGGACCCUUACCCUUACGUGAGAGCGGCUUCAUUGGAAGGUCUCGUUGACUUGAGCCAGCGUGGAGAGUUCCACGACCUUAACUUGGUGGAAGCGUGUUAUCGACGCGCUCUUCAGCUUCUUCGUGAUAUGCACGAUUGCGUCCGGUUCUCUGCGGUUCGCGUUGUAGCUUCAUGGGGUCUAAUGUUAGCAGCUUCUAACUCAGACACCAAGGCCUAUUGGUCCAAUGAGGUAUUUGCCAAGCUAUGCUCUAUGGCAAGAGAUAUGAGCAUGAAGGUCAGGGUUGAAGUCUUUAAUGGCCUAGGAAAAAUGGAAAUGGUAUCUGAGGAUUUUCUUUUGCAAAGCUUAUCAAAGAGAGUUUUAGCGGUUGGAAAGCGAAAGGAAACUCAGGGUCAGGGCACAUCUGAACAGUUUGACAUGUUGGCAACUAAUGUUGCUGGUGCACUAGUUCAUGGACUUGAGGAUGAGUUCUUUGAGGUCCGGAAGUCUGCAUGCCAGUCCAUAUGCACACUGACAAGCCUAUCUGUUGAGUUUGCUCGUGAAGCCUUAGACUUGUUGGUGGAUGCGUUGAAUGAUGACUCAGUGGUGGUUCGGUUACAAGCUUUAGAAACCAUGCAUCAUAUGGCAAUUAAUGGCUGUUUAAAGCUUCAUGAAAAGCACUUGUGCAUGUUUCUUCUUACUCUUGCAAACAACAAUUGGGAUGUAAGAUAUACUGAAAGGAAAUUACUUAAAGUAGUGAAGCUAAAAGAUCUGGAAUUGUUCAAAUCAUCUAUUGACAGACUUCUGGAAAAUAUAGAAAGUUAUCCACAGGAUGAAGAUGAUGUACUUUCUACUUUUUCUCAUCUGGGCCGAAAUCACAAGAAAUUUGUAGGCUUGAUUAUCAAGGAAACUUUUGAAGAGGUAGAAGCAGCUUUUGAAGGAAACGUGGAAUUUAAUAGUGCAAGGAUAGCUGCACUUUUAAUCCUUUCUAUAUCUGCUCCACUCUUGAAUGCUGAUGUAGGCAGUAUACCACCAGUAAUGUUUUCUUAUGCAGUUACAUUCCUUGGUAGAAUCUAUAAUGCUUUUAGUGAUAUCAUGGAUAGGGAUGCCCUUUUGGCCUACCUGUGUGAGAAAAGUAGAUCUGUGGGGUAUUCUGCCACAAAUAUUAACCUCAAAGAAGGGGAGCAACAGUUGCCUUUAUUGAAAGGUGAUGCUCCAAAUUUUGCUAGCAAUGAGGUGAUCGAGUCCGAAAUUGACUCCCAUAUAACAAGGGAACCAAAAGAUGUGGCCAAUUAUAAGGUAGAACAACAGCAGUCAGUGUUUAAUGAAAUUAUAAACUUCUCAAAUUGCGUCCUUGCAAAGCCCCCUUAUAUGUGGUCAAGGAUACAGUCAGGUUAUACAAAUGAAGUGCUGAAGUCCUUGAGGUGUUUGAAGGUGUUGGCCACUCUGAAAUUUGAUUCUUUGGGAUCUGGCGAUGCUUCCGCGUUUACUUUACUGUAUCUCCGGAUAAUAGAGCUACUUGUGGAAGUAUGGGAUCCCUUGCCGCCAACUAAAAGGUGUUCUCAUGGAAUCGGAGAAUUGAAAUUGAAAAUGGGAAAGCUUGAUAGGAGGGUUAAAGAAUUGAUAAGUAGGUUUAAAGGUUUUUCUGCAGAAGAGGAAUUGAAUGUCCUGGAGCUAAUCUUGGUGGCUUAUGCCCUCAGGUUAUUUAAAGAUGAAAUCUACUGUGUAACUCUUACAUUCAAGAGGUUGACUGCUAUCUAUUUACGUUAUGAAUCUAUCCUUAAAGAAAGAUCAGCGUUGCCACCCAAAUUCAUAGUUGAACUUGGGAAAUUAUUACAUGAAAGUAGCACCUCCAUCAAUGGAGCUUCCAUCAGUCCACUUCAGUUUGAUUCAUGUCUCAAGUUCUUCUCUCUCAAGCAGUUUAUGUUUCGUGGAACAAUCAAACAUAUAAAGGCAGAACUAAAUAUUCCCAGUAACAACUCUGAGCAUUCUCUUCCCUUUGUUUCAGGACUACCUGUUGGCAUACCAUGUGAGAUCACUCUACAUAAUAUUUUGAGUGAGAGUAGGUUGUGGCUCAGGGUGACUAUGGAUGACGGUUUCAUACAAUAUGUCUUUCUAGAUUUGGAUCGUUUUGAAGGCUCUGGAGAGGUAAGAAAUUUUACUAUUAUAGUGCCGUUUUACAGAACAUCAAAAGUUAAUUCUCUUACAUUAAAGGUUUGUAUUGGUUUAGAAUGUUUCUUUGAAAAUUUUAGUCCAGUCCAAAGGUUUGGGGGACCAAAACAUGAACUAGUACUUCUUUGUAAAGAAAAACAAGUUUAUCUUUCAAAGGGUAAUAAAGAUUAAUUUUCUUUUC